UUUUACGUGUCUCCAAGCGGAUAUUUUUAUUAUUACUGGACCUGUUUCGUGUCAAUUGGAUUACUGUAUAACAUGAUGGCUAUGGUGAUAUUCAUAUUCGAUGAUGUAUUUAUUGGAUACUUUUUUCACUGGCUUUAUUUGAACAUAUUCUUUGAUUGCGUGUUUCUCCUUGAUAUCCUUAUUCAAUCUAGGACAAGUAACUCAAACGCACGUGGUAUGUGUUCAUACUAUAAUACUAUAAUUUUUAGCUUUCGAAUUUAUCUGGAUAUCGCUUCAUUGAUCCCAACAGACUUGGUCCUCAUUUUCAACAGGUCCAUUUCUUUGGUGCGAGCAGUACGUCUAUUUAAAAUUUACCGUCUCAACGAUUUUAUUGAGAAAGCCCAAAAACGGACUGCAUUCCCGCAUGCGUUCAAAAUCGCCUUGCUGAUUUCUGCCUGCUACAUUUUGUUUCAUUGGAAUGCUUGUGUAUAUUUUCUAUUCAGUCUUUCUGAGGGAUUAUCAGAAGACGAUACGAAUGCUUUUGGGUUUUCUUACUACAAGGUGUUCGAUCCAAGGAUACCAACGUGUUUCAGCUUUUGCCAAAUUCCCUCUCAGGUAUUCAACGACCAAAAUUGCCAGUUCCCUGAAAACUUCACCCUUCUCGAUAUUGACGAUCAUCGUCCACGGUAUAUGCAGGAAAUGUACGAAUUUUGGGCCGGAAAAUUUGUGAAGUGGGAAAUGGGCAACUUUUCGCGUGAAUAUAGCAUGAGCAUCUACUGGUCGGCUCUCACUAUAACUACGUGCGGCCAACAGCCAUAUCCAUCUACAUCAUCGCAAAACAUGCUCGAAGUAAUAGAUACCUUGAUAGGUGUUCUAGUGUUUGCUACGAUUAUUGGAGGUGUUGGUAGCGUUGUGACCCACAUGAACGAAGAAGUCUAUGAAUUCCGCCAGAAAAUGGACGGCAUCAAAUUCUACAUGAAAUAUCGGUGUUUAUUUUAUAAAUCACUGAUGGUAACACCAGCAAUACAAGAGAGAGUAAUUUCAUGUUUCACGUAUAUGCAUUCACAGCAUCAACUUAACGAUGAGAAGGAACUUCUGGACGUUCUGCCGCCUAGGCUGCAGGGUCAGAUUGCUGUCAACCUCCACAUGGACACACUAAAAAAAGUGGAGCUAUUCAAGCAAUGCAGUGCCGGUUUUCUCUACGAAGUUGUGCUCCGAAUAAAGCAACAGAUCUACAGCCCGAAUGACUAUCUGUUUCGAGCUGGUGAACGCGCUAAGGAAAUGUUUAUAGUCAAGCGUGGGACGCUACGGGUCAUUGAUGAAGAAAACACUCUCACGGACGGCUCGACGUUCGGCGAGAUGUCGGUAAUUCUGAUUGAUGGCAACCAGUUGGGCAGCCACAGAGCAGUUUCGCUUCGAUCCGAAGGAUACUCUGACAUCUACAUUCUGAAUCAGGAUGACGUAUCGACAAUCUUGCAGGAGUAUCCAACCGAUCGCCAACAACUUUUGGACAAUGGAAAUCUUGAAGGUUCACAUAACUCAAAAAUCUAUGGCGAGCCAGCCUCCAUGUUAUCGCUGGAGGAGCAGUUGAGUCGAAUGAAAGCACAGAUAGGCGAUCUUGAUGGACAGCUCAAUAACAUGUACGCCUCAUUUAAUGUAAAAAUGAAACGACGUGUGACAGCGGUUGAGCGACUCUUUGCCCGGCAUCGACGACAAAUCAAACUUGAUUGUUUGAGGGGAAAAAUAAGAUUCUGA